CGUGGAAGAGACUUGGUUGUUAGAUAUUGCUACAGAGUUAACUAGAUUUAUCUGCGUGUUUUAACAUGCUGUUGCAGAGACCUGGUUGUUAGAUAAUGCUACUAGAUUUGUUUUAGUAUUUAACAUGCUGUGGCAGAGACUUGGCUGGAAGCGCUGUGCCCGAUGCCAGUACUGUGCGUGAUAGGGCGUGUUAAUCGUCAGGUAGUUGACAGUCACGAAUUGUUAAUGUUUAAAUGGACUGCUUUAAUUAGAAACUGUGUGAAUAAAAAUGCUAGUCAUUAAGUGUAACCAAAGCUAGGUUAGCUAGUUCGCUUUUUUUGUUGGAAGGUGUGUGGAGGCGGUAGCUUGAGGAUGCUAGUUACACAGCUAGCUGGCUAACUAGCUGCAUAUCCAGCUAUGCUUCUGACAGACACUUUCUGGAAUUCGGGACCUGAUAUAUCCUCCGAAAAAACAUGUGGACGGUGUCGCGGAUACCUCCCGGACCUUGCAAUCCGCUUUCUGCACGGCUGUGACAGGAUUCACGGGCCCCGAAAGGACGCCGCGCAACUCCGAUAGAUAGGCAGAGAAGACAGGCAGCAUCGUGGGAGAUCAUGCUCCGCAUCCUAGCCGUCGGCUCCGUCUUCUUCCCAGGGCUUUUCCUGCUCUCCAAGAGAUGCCUGAAACGUACGCCGGGCCUAAAGUGGAGCGAGGCCGAUGCCGUCAUCGUCUCUGCCAGACUGGUGUCCUCUAUUCAAGCCAUCAUGGCCUCCUCAGCAGGAUACAUCAUUGCAUCAUCAUGUGAAGAAAUCAUUGAGGAUCAGCACUGGCUCACCACCACCUACAUCCUGUUUGCAGUCCCUUACUUCAUCUACGACAUCUAUGCUAUGUUUAUGUGCUACUGGUACAAGGUCCAGGUCAAGGGUCAUGAGGAGGAGGGCAGGGCUAAGCCCAUGGGUGAGGUCAUAAGGAGCUACCUAUGGCGAGAAUUCCUCAUGGUGCUACACCAUGUCGUCAUGGUUACUGUCUGCUUUCCCGUCUCUGUGUUCUGGAGGCAGGGAAAGGGGGACUAUUUCCAGGGUGUGAUGUUCAUGGCUGAACUCAGCACUCCUUCUGUUUGUCUGGGAAAAAUACUCAUUCAGUACAAGCAGCAACACACUCUCCUUCAUAAAGUCAAUGGGGCUCUCAUGCUGGUCACUUUCUUCGUUUGUCGAGUUCUUCUCUUCCCCUACCUCUACUACGCCUACGGCAGGUAUGCGUCCAUCCCCUUCUACAUGGUGCCACUUUCCAUUCCCUGGCAGUAUAACGCGGGUGCUGCCUUGCUCAUGGCCCCGCAGGUGUACUGGUUCUGUCUGAUCUGUCGGGGGGCCUUCCGCCUCUUCACUGGGGCCUCACGUCAUCAGCGCCCGCCCCUCAGCAGCACAGACUCUGAACCCAGAAGCCCACUACCACCUCCCGUCAAUGGCUACGGUCCGCAGGAUAUGGAGAGAGAGCCCAGCACGCACUGAGAGAGUGAGAGGAGAGAGAGAGAGAGUGUGAGGGCUGCCUAGAGGCUGGAAAAGAGGGUUGGGAGUUUUUUGUUUGUGUUUUUGUUUGUUUGUUUUUAAAGAAGCCUCAAUCAUAUUGGGGUAACUGAAGGCUCAGUACAUGUUCCAAGUAGUGAGUGUUCCACUGCUGCUGCGUGGGGUGAAUAGGACAGGACAGGACAGAGGUGGAGCUGAUGGGAGGAGUGUAAGAUGUGCCUACCUCUGUCCCCUCUCUUCCUCUGAGGAGCAUGUUCCUCAAACCUCUGUCGCACUCAGUCACUGCGAAAGACCGGAGAGAGAGAGAAGAACACAGAUUGUAUUCUUUACACUGUUUCCCACAUUCCGUGACUGACUUUCCUACACCUGUUGGGAGGGGAGGGUAGUGUACUGUAGAGCAGGGCUAGCUGUCAUUUGUACAUGACCAUUGCAAUGUGCACGGCUGGAAAAAAGGUGGAGAGAGGUUAAUACU